AUGAGAGUUCCAACUUUUCGUGAAACUCGCACUGAGAGAAUCAGUAAACAAAAAUUGGCACCAAAAGCGACGACGGCGAAAGGGUUGUUGUCACAAAUAACACAGCUCGUGACUUGUCGGACAGACUAUGAGCAAUUUCUGAUUCUCGCUGGAGGGAUAUCGAACGAGAACUCUUCCGAUAAUGACAAUCAACGACCGAGUGGGGAGUCGACGAAUGCUGGCGGUUGUUUCGGUAUACUCGCAGAUCUCAGUAAUUCGGCAGGAGAGCGAUACAAGGCUGGAGGUCGAGGCUGGCGGGAUGACGAAUUAUUUGGCGAAAGGUUAAAUCUUCAAUGGUCGCAGCCGAGCGCUGAUCGGGUAGAGGAGAUACGAGGGCUGCAGAGGAUCGGUUGGCGAGAAGUGAUGUUGCUGGCGAUAGGUCUAUCAACAGGCAAUCGCGAAGGUCGGCGUCGUUUCUCUGAGUCGCGAAAGCAAUUUGGGACGAAGAAGCAGUGGUGA